UUUCUAUUUGACUUUGAUUAAAAAAAUUCAAUUUAUCAGUGAUACUCAGAAAUAAAUAUGAUGAAUGGAUGUUAAAGAACACUAAAAUACUGUAGCGUGUACGAAUAUAGAUACACUUAAAAAAUCUCUAGCGAAUGCCACUGUAGAAAGUCUAGCCAUAGGAGUAUGGUUCAGUCACUAUAUACGUGAGAGCUGAACUUAAUUCAAGUAGUAAAGUUCAGCUACCACAACCAGACUUAUAGCCGCGACAACUAUACAUGCAUUUAGCUCCCCCUACGAUUAUUGAAAUAAGCGCCCUUAACUGAAUGUUUCGUGUUCUCAACUGAAUCGUGCAUUCAUGGCCUCAGCUAUAUACACUUAUAUACAAGCAUGUAACAUUUGUCUAAAUUUCAAUAAUAAAUACUAUUUGUUCAUGGAUAAUUUUGUGAAAAUUAUUUCAGUCAAAUGGGAGCUCGAAAAAUUUCAGUGUUUUUAUCGAAUAGAUUCUACAGGUUUUUUGAAUAUCAAAGUUCAAUUACCAGAACGAUUAUUAAAAUGAUGAGAUCCACAUCAGAUGAUAUAAUACAAAUUUGUUCAAAUAAGAUACAUGCAAAACGACAUGAAAUCUUCGAUUUUAACCUACUAACAUCUACUGUUACUCAUAAAGAUGAAAGUGGUCGAAAGAUGACGAAAAAUGGGCUAAUGAGAUUAAUAAAAAAUGAAUUCACAAAUUUUCAAUGUACCGAACAUUAUAAUCAUGAAUCAGGUUCAGAAACUAUUGAAUAUGAACAAGAUUUUACUGGAUGUUCUAAACAUGAAUUGAAGAAAUUGAAAAAAAAUAAAAGAGAGUAUGACAAAUGA